AACGUCUAGCAGACGACAGGCGAGAGCUAUUGUGUGCAAGCCUUCAGAUCAUCAGAGACUCGAGAGAUGAUGACAGUUCUCACCGUUCUUCUCAUUUUGUCCGCACUAAGAACAGUAGACGUCGCUUCGUCAGAGAGACUAGACUGCACUGCAAGAAGGGGAUGUUCGUCGUGUCCAUGCGCCUCUCUAGGAAAAUGCGGAGGACGAAUUUUGUCUAGAGACGAGCCCUCUCAGCUUCUUCUCCAGCAGGUGUCUCCAUGCAUGAACUGCAAGUGGGCGAUAACUGCUUCUGGAAAGAAAAGAGUCAGACUCACUUUUUCGCAUUUCGUUCUUGAACCUGGAGAUAAAGUACAUGUAUUCAACGGCCACUCAACGAAGCUUAAACCCAUUGUCACUUACAUGCAAGGAGACAGCCCAGCAGAUGUUGUGUCAUCAGGAAACGCUAUGACAGUAAAGGUUGUUACAGACGGCUGCGGACCGAAUCCUUUGAUAAAGGCUUCCGUUAGAGCCAUCGAUUGUGGAGGUUUGAUGUACUUGAAGUCUGGAAAGGCUAAUUCAAAACACAUUCAAUCUCCUAACUUCCCUAGAAACUACCCGAAUAAUUUAGAUUGCUUAUGGAUGUUUGUUAGCAGUGCGGAUUCAUUGCUAUCAGCAAACAUCAAUCUCAAAUAUGUUAGCACUGCAGAAUCACGAGACAAGUUAAUCAUUCAAGACUCUUUACAAAUGUCUGGACAAGGAGACCAAGCGAUAGAGUACUACGGCACAAAAGCAACAAGAUACAAAACUUUGAAGGUCAGAGGCUCUCCUGGCUUUACUAUUCAAUUUUCGUCCAACCAAAGAAAGAGAGGGAAAGGAUUUUCGCUGGAUGUUGUCGCUUUGUCCAACGCUCGUGGUUGUUCCGUUUCAAAAAAACCGGAAAACGGUUUCGUGGAUCUAAUAAAUGUCGGCAGUACUGCUAAAUAUUCUUGCUGUAACGGCUACAAGAUUUUUGGAGAUGAAACGCGAUCUUGCACCAACAGAGGAUGGUCUCCAUCAGUCAAUCCGACAUGCAACCCUGUGAGUUUUUGCACUUUACCGACCAAUAUGGAAGUUUCUGAUGGAUCUUCUAAUGUGGCUAUCGGACAAGAAGUAAGUCUCCACUGCUCGAGAGGAUACAAGCUUUCAAAUUCGCUCAAAUCUCUUCCAGCAUUGUGCGACUGUAAUGGCAGAUGGAACAUAACUAUUGACCCAUCACCAUGCAAAGAUAACUAUUGUGCUGCUCCACCUUCAUCUCCUGCACAAGGUGGUAUAACGCUGUAUGAAGAAAACGACAUUUCAAUUUUUUCAAUAGGAUCGAGAGUGAAUUACAGCUGUCCAGAGGGGUCUGGCUUAGAUGGCAUUCCGUAUCGCGUUUGUACCGAAGAUCUCGUUUGGAAACCGGAUACUAGAGUUCACACGUGCAUAAAAAACUUGGCUGUAUGUUCGGAUCCCGGUACACCGGAAAAUGGAGUUCGAAGGACACUGUCAUUUGCGGGAGAACGCCUUGCUUUGUUUGGUUGUAAGCCUGGCUACAAAUACUACGGAACUAGUUUGCGUACUUGCACUGUUGACGAUUCUGGCAACACAUAUUGGGAUGGUAAAGAAGGUUAUUGUCGAAGUGAAUUCAAGUCUAUUCAAGGCUUGGGAAUUCAACUGAAAGAAACAUUUAUCGACAGGCUCACGACAUGCGUUAUUCCUGUCAACCGCACCAAUUCUACUAAAACGACGCGCGUUAACCCAACGACUGUUACACCAAAUCCUUCUUCGAAUCGCCCCAUCAAUUCGGGCAACAACUCAAUUAGGACAGCAGGCUGCAGGGGCCGUUCCGUAGUCGUUGGAGAAGGCUGUGUUGAUCUAAUAUACAUUGCUGAUUGCUCAAAGAGUGUGGGAGCAGUAAACUUUAACUUAAGUCUAGACUUUGUUGGUCGCUCGGCGUCACUUUUUAACAUUACAGGAGGAGAAGCUCGUGUGACUCUCAUCACUUAUGACGACAACGUGCACCUACAAAUACCCCUCAACAAAAACUUGACUCUUAACGAAACGUUGGAGAGAAUAAACAAGACCAAGUUCUGUGGAGGUGCUACUGCAAUGAGAAAGGUGUUGAAAUUUGUUAGAGAAGAAGUGAUGCCACUCAGUAGAAAUAAUUGCAAACGAGCGAUGUUUCUGUUUUCUGACGGAGUAAACAACUGGGGUGGGAACCCACUAGAAGAAGCUCGAGUUCUGAAACAAGAAAAAGGCGUCGACAUUUACACUAUAGCUAUUGAAGUCAACGAAAACAGCCUAUUUGACAAAGCUGCAUUGGAGAAACUGGCAUCGAAACCAGAAUAUUAUUUUGCAGUAAGAAAUGCUAGUGCAAUAAAGUCAGCAUUCAAUAGCGCUUUCAAUUUAUCGAUUGACUACUGUCAUGAUUGUGGCCUAACUGCUGCUCCAACCUGUAGACACAGGGAACAUGGAGCGUGUUUUUCAGAAAAAGGUGCUUGGCCUUGGGUGGCAGCAAUUUACAAGAAAACUUCAAACAACCAAGUUUUCCACUGCGGAGGCGCUCUAAUUAGCGAUUGUUUUAUUCUGACCGCUGCUCAUUGCGCUAGUGGCUUUAAGCCUGGCAAUCUGACGGUCGUUCUCGGCGACACGGAGCGUUAUGUUAAAGAAUACAGCGAGAAAACAUUUGCUGUUGAUAAAAUCCACAUCCAUAAUAGCUAUAAACACGACAGUGGGAGUUUAAACUAUGACAUCGCUCUGUUACAAUUGAAAUGCAAUGUGUCUUGUUCUCCAUACGUUCGAAAAGUCUGCUUGCCCACAAAAGAGGACUUUGGCUACUACCACGCAGGAACGAGCUGCAUUGUAGCAGGAUGGGGAGCUACCGAAAAGAGAGAACUCGGCUCAAAACGUACUAAAACUACCAGCUUAAAAGAAUUGCAUCUUCCGAUUGCAGACAAAGCCGCUUGUUUAAACAGUACAUCGGAUUAUCUCAAGCAUGACAUUACAAACCACACUGUUUGCGCAGGAGACGGCACCGGUAAUAAUGAUGCUUGGGAUAGUGAUUCUGGAGGACCUCUGUUUUGCAAACGCAAGAAUGAUGAAGAAAUCGGUUCCGACAGCUAUGUCAUUGUGGGAAUAGUCAGCUGGGGAGAAGGAUACGGACAGGCUGGAAAAUACGGGGUAUUUACACACUUGCUCAACUUGAUGGAUUGGGUUAGGACCGUGUUGGAAAUAAACAAAUGCAAGCAAUCGUUCAACGAAGAAGAGAAAGAACAGUGUCUUAACCCUGCAGUUAGCUUGGUUUGAUGCUAGCAUGUAAUUACGGUUUUUGCUAAAGACUGACGUAGCUAGUUAUUCUAGAUACUUAAUUCGGUUUCUGCUGAGAAUUGCACGUUUAGUAGAUUACUUCGUGACGGUGUUACUGUAUGCAGAAAUGUCAAUUGGUAUGAGAAUAAACUUAUUGUUGUU